CAACCAGCGGAACGACAGGUGCGCGCCGUUCGCCACGAACCGCUUAGUUUCGGGUGAGCGUACGAAUCGGUCGUAUCGCAUCGUGCUAUCGCGUCUCCCGGCCUGUCAGUCGGUCGCGGCCUCCCUCUCUAUCUCUAUCAGUCGGUCGUUCAUCGCGAAUUUCUGUCUCGUUUAAACGACAAACGCGUAACACUCGUGGUACACGUUUGACGCGGUACCACGCGAUUUUUGACACUCGACCAGCGCUCGGUUCCACCGAUCAUCGUUCUCCAAAGAUCGUCUUCGUCCUUAACACAGAUCGCGCGCGAUAUCCAUUUCAUUGAGGGAUACCAAACCCUUUCCAGUAGCAGCAGCAGCUUGUCGACGCCCUGGACCCAAGUCUCUCUCCCUCUCUCUCUCUCUCUCUCUCUCUGCCCUCGUCUCUUCCGUCGUUUCUCUCGUUCUUUCCCAUCCAGUCGCCGUGGCUGGUUGCAUAGUAGCCCGCCGUUUAUCGAGCGUGCACGUGCUCCGUGUCGUCUCUCCUGUCGCGUUCUGCUGACACGUUUCUAGUAACCCGACGGAUCUCGUUUAUACCAGAACAGAGUCUUCCUUCGGAUCUGGUUCGGUCGAAUAUACCUAUACCUUGGCAUAUACGUGACUAACGAUGAAUUUGGUGUGAUCUGACGGGCGUGCGUUGCAUCUGGAUCCAGAGAAUCGGAUGUUUCGCGAAAAAGAUCGAUAUUCGUGGGAGUAUCUUGGAGGCGACGAUUGCAGGUGCUCUCGAGCUCAUUUGAAACAUCAGGAACAGUCUACGUUACCGUAGAACUCCAUUCCGGUUGAAAUUUCUGGUGUGCAACUGUACGGAGCACGACCUGUUGUUUGGGAAUUAUUGGCCUUCCGUUGUUGGCCAGUGAGUUGUGUGUUGGCCGUGAGUGAAGGUCGGGCAAGCUAGAAGAUAGAUCACGGUACAGUGACCUGACGAAUGUGGUGCGUGAAUUAUUGAGUCGCCUUUUCGUUCGCCGUGGCUUGUUGAUUUCUCAGGAUGGGCUGUGGACUGGAUUUACUUUGCAGGAUUACCGGCUGGGACAUGAUCGCGACAAUUCUGCUGCUGCUCCUCGGCUCUGUUCAACUUCCUCAAGGCGUUAAAGGGAGCAGCGAGCCAUGGCUGAAGAGCGUAAAGCACGCCGAACUAGGUACAGAGGUGCAACUACCGUGCGUGCUGAAAUUGCCACAGUGCGAAGGGCUUCACAGCAUCAAAUGGUAUCGCGGAGCGACGCGUAUCUUCAUUUUCAGCGAGGACGUCGGAAUUGCGCGCGGGAACAACGACAUCGCCGUCAGGUCGGAUAUAGAAUACACGACGAAUUCGUCGAAGACUUUCUUGAAGAUUCCGGACGUUAAAUUGGAGGACGAAGGUCUCUAUAAGUGCGAAGCUACGUAUCUGGCUGUGAAUCGAAAGUGCAAUAAUGUCCAGCAUAUCAUACUUAACGUCACCGUACAACCUGCAUUCGUACGUGUCAUCGACGAGAACACGAAGAACACGUUAAGCACCGGUGCCACUUUAGGACCUAUAAACGAAGGUUCGUCGAUUUCCUUGUACUGUGAGAGUGGCGAAGGGAAACCGGUGCCUACGGUCGAGUGGUUCAAAAACGAACAACCACUGGAAGCGAUCAGCUCGACGACGAUCGCUGAGAAUGGAGUAGGGAACGCGAGCAGCCAGUUGCAGAUGCAAAUUACACGCGACGAGCUGAAUUCAACUUUCACGUGUAAAGUCAAUAGUACAGCCCUGGUCGAGCCCCUGACCGUCGAUAUCAAACUGGAUGUCCAUGUUCGGCCGCUGAAGAUGGAUUUGAACGGGGUGGUGGGCCACGUGGUGCAAGGGACAAGAGUUAUGCUCGAAUGUACUGUGCUGGCAGCCAGGCCGGCCGCGAACAUCACCUGGCAAAACGGUACCGAGGUUCUGAACGAAAGUAACGACAGAAUUCAGAUACAGGAGGCGAAGGUCAAGGAGAAUAAGGAUGGCACGCUGCAGACCACAAGUUCUCUGGCUUUUACGGCGUCCGUGUACGACAACGGAAGAACGUUCAAGUGUUACGCUGAGAACUCGGUUACACGUUCUGAAGACAUGAAACCGAUGAUAGAAUCGAUAACCAUCGAAGUUUUAUAUCCACCUAUAGUAUCAAUUAAACCAGAGAACAUCACUGUGAACGAAACUGAAGAUUUUAUAGUAUUCUGCGACUAUGAAGCGAACCCGGCCACUCUGUUAAAAACAGCAUGGUAUCGAGACGAUAAGGAACUAGUUCUAACCGACGACCACUACGAGGGUGGUAUCACGGAACAAACGGCUCUUACCGUGAAAAAUGCGACCCCCAGUGACAUGGGCUCUUACAAAUGUGUACUAGAAAAUAACAUUGGUUCAUCAACGUCAGAGGACAUCGUACAGGUCUCGGUUCUAUACAAGCCAGUAGUCAAGGUGAUAAUGGACCCGGAAACGCCAGUGAACGAAGCAGACCGGCAGAACGUCUCGCUGACCUGCGAGGUUGUUACUGGAAAUCCAGCGAGCUUGACCGCCGUCCGAUGGUACUUGGACGGGGACCUGCUGAAAGAACUUCCGGAUUGCACGAGAAAUAGCAGCGCAACCACCACGACCACCGAGGAAUCUUUAAUUUUCUGCGAUAUCGAUCCGAGCAAGCUGCUGUUGGAAGCGGUGGGACGUUCCUUUCACGGGAACUACUCUUGCGAGGGUAGAAACGACGCUGGCUGGGGACCACUUUCACCGAGUGCACCUGUCAUGGUCCAUUACAAACCUGGGCCAGCUUCGAUCUCGUACGAGCCCCAGCAGGUAAUAAAGAAACGGCCAUUAACAAUCACGUGCUUCGUACUGGACCCAGGACGGCCAAAGGUAGUUGGCUUCAAAUGGUUACGAGGCCUUCAUAGACUUCCGGAUGAAAACAACGCUACCCUUACCAUCGAGUCGGUUAAUUUGGAAACCGAAGCGAACUUUACUUGUCUGGCUUACAACGAAGCCGGCGACGGCGACCCGGCUACCACGUUUAUCGACGUGUCUGCGGAGCCAACGUUUAUCAAGAAGCUGCUCCCUUAUCACGGCUACGUGUACAAUUCGCCGAACGUUAGCAUCAUGUGCUGGGUAGAGUGCGCUCCGAUGUGCAAUAUUUCCUGGCUAAAGGACGGCAUGCCGAUGGAUUUCUCGAAAACGAACCGAUACUACCUGUCGAACGUUUAUCAUCCGCCUGAUCCGCGAACGAAUGACUUCGAAAGCAUUCAAUCGACCCUGGUGUGGAAUCUAACUGCCUGGCCGAGCGGCCAACUCGAUCGCGUCGAAGACAACGUCAGAUUCACCUGCGAGAGCAGCAGCAACAGUAUUGGUGCUGGAGUGAAAAGUAGCACGCACUUUCACGUGGAAUUUCCGCCAGAAAAUAUGACGAUAUCAAAGAAGAUAAUAAACGUGACGGUCGAUACGAUACCGGAAACGGUGAGCUGCAAUGCGAGAGCACAACCGGAGCCAACGUUUCGUUGGUUUCGGGAAGGUUCCACAGACACUAUCAUCGAAGGCCGUGUCCUCGAUCUGAAAGUGGCGGUGCCUAGACGCAGCAACGGGACGUACUACUGCGAGGCAUCGAAUCGCCACGGAAGCCGGAACAUUUCCAUGGUCAUGAAUGUUCAAUUUAAGCCAGAAUGUCACGUGGAAAGGGAACGAAUAGACGGGGAGGAUUACGUCGUGUGCUCAGCGACGGCCAAUCCGAAGGAGACUGAUUUCGUUUGGUCGUUGAAGAGUGACAAUGACACGCUAGAGCAGAACGCCGAGAUGCGCAAUGGGAAAAGCUACAUCCGCCUCGAUACGUCGGUAACCAAUUUCCGGACGUACGUUUGCGUUGCUAACAACUCCAUCGGCCAUUCCAAUCCUUGCGACCGCGAUGUACCAGCUCACCAUGGACAUCGAAGUCAUAUACCGUGGUGGCAUCAACUGGAAGGAAAUCUUCUUCUGAUAGUCAUCGUUGCCGCAGUUGUCCUUAUACUUGUGAUAAUCAUCAUUUGCGUGGUGAUCUUCAUCGUUUGCCGACGCAAACGAAAUCAGAUGAAAUACAGUAAUCGGGUGGUCGAGCUGGAGGAACGUGAACAUCCAGACGGUGGGCCACCGAGUCCAACGGUGUCCUCUCAUUCAACUCAAACAACGGUGCACCCAACGGCCGCACCAAGAUGGCCGCUGAAACCCGGGGUAUUGGUGCACAUCAAUCGAAGCCACAGCCUACGGUCAGGUCUGAGCGUUCGCGCGAACGAAUCCCUACGAAACGAGCUGAUGAACAGACGUAACGACGAGCCAACUAUCGCCGAUCGUUUCAUCGUCGAGACGACGAUCGCGAAAGUCGCCGGUGGCAAAGUAUUCCGAAGGCGUAAGGAACACCCGCAGAGGAGCAUGACCGUGUCCGGUCUGCAUGACGAGGGUAUGCUUGCCAGAGCUAAUAAAAUUAAGGCGAUGUUUGGAGUGCAGCUUAAAGAGCAGGCCACUUUGCCAGGCAUUUCCAGAGAGAAAACAGCUGUGACUUACAAAAGAAUAGCGCCGCGGCAGCGGAUAUUGCAUGCAGAAUCAUCGUGCGAAUUGAACCGAGGCAACAUCUCCCGUAAGCGAAAAAAACCAGGCGCAGAUCCCAAUCAAGCUGCGAAUAACAAUCACGUGAACAGCGUGUCGGAGGGCCUUCCAGAGUCCGGGGCGAAGACGUUUUAUGAGAAUCUACCUUUCCAUGGAAUCCAAGCGCCGCCUAACAAGUUGGUUUCCCCUAUGUUUGCCCGAGUUUCGGCUUUGCAUGGCACGUUGCAUCAUCACCAUCGUCAUCAUCAUCGUUCGGUACAGAGCUCGCCAUGUCCCUCGCGGUCGCCUAGCAGAACGGCGUCUCUCUGUGACGCUAGUUCCGGUUAUGAAUCGACCAGGAGCCACCUAGGCCCUCACUAUAGCGACUACAACAUGCCCAGGAAUAAUUCGCCCGUGUUGAAAUACAACAGCCUAAAGCCACGCCGAAGGAAGCACAAACGUUCGCAAUUCUAUUCACUGAGAAUGUGUCGCAGGCACGAGAACAACGUGCACAGGAAGUAUCAGCUUUACGCUAUUCCGAUAUACAAGUGCCCUCAUAAGAACGGAAGUACCAGUACGAUCACGACUAUCGUCAGAUCUGGUACACCGUCUUUAUCCACCAACCAAUCGGAUCAGAAUCAAAAUUUUAAUGAAAGUUCGAACGAAAGUCGUUCGAACAAGGAUCGAUCGGACGAGAAACAGUCGAAUGCGACAGUGGCACAACCACCGCCGAUUCCAGCGCCAAGAAAAUUGAAGAAGACCGAUCCCUCGAAGCACACCUAUCAAAACGUUCCCCCUCCCGUUUUUCCACCGAAAAACAUCUCGUUGCCGAGGACCAAGACCGACAGCCUAUACAACUACAAAGAACACUACCAGCAGCAACACCGGCAGGAGAUGCAGCAGUACAGCUAUCCGUUACCGAGCAACAGUUCCAGCCAACUAACACUGCCACUAACGCGCAGCCUCUAUCAUUCCUCGAUAGUUAGCCCCUUGCAGACCUCGUACGUGCACGCGAACAGCCGACCACCGACCUUGGCACAGCACGAGAAUCAUCUUCCCAUGGUGGCUCAUCCCGACGAGGAGCAACAGAACUACGCGAAUCACGACUCUACGAGGCAACCGCGCCGCCAUUCAGGCAACCGGUCGAGCGACCGAAGUCAAAAGUACAGGAAGCACAAACGUAGCGAGCGGAAGCAAAAACAGAGGCGGCCAGAAGCUUCCAGGAGGGCAGACGCGUACGCGAGCGCACCCUCCUGCGAGACGAGCUUCCACCAGGUCCAAGAACUCGGUAUACCCGAGACUUUCAAAAUCUCCUAUCCUCAUUACUACGAAGAUGACAUCGCGGAGUGUCCAACCGACUAUCACAGAUCAAACCCGAGUUCUCGUCAGCAGAUCUGGGAACGACAGUCGAAUCGUUGCCCACCGGAGAGCACGCACUACGCGGACACAGGUGACACGAAGAACCGGAACAAGUCGAAGAGGAUGUCGUCGAACCUUGGUGAUGGGCGGUCGCCGUCCGCGCCCACGAUAAUGCAGUACGCCGAGCUACACUUCCGGGACGUCGGUCAGGAGAUCGAUGUCUAAAAGCCCUUCAAGCCGGAAUUUUCGGAUCUCGACUACGCGGACGUGGACUACCGCUCCUACGGGCCGAUCAACUACAAAGCUGCCAGCAUCGCGCUCCUCCAAAAACAGCAACAAG